AUGGCCCUAGAAGACCGCUGUAGUCCACAGAGUGCUCCGAGUCCACCGCAUCAUCACCACAGUAGCCAGAGCCCGACGAGCACGACCACGGUUACGAUGGCAACGGCAAGCCCGCUGCCUGCGACGACCACGGCUAGUGCCACUAGUUCACCUACCCGCGACGAGAUGUCGCUAGUGGUACCGAUCUCUCCGCUGCACAUCAAGCAGGAACCGAUGGGCACCGAUGGAUUGCCGCCGAUGCAACCAAUGCAGCCUCUACCUCCGCACCAUCACCACCACCAUCACCUGCCCCAGCAGCCGCAUCAUUCCCCGCACCAGCCGCAGACCGCUCCUACAGCCAGCAUAUCCUUCUCGAUCUCCAACAUUCUGAGCGAUCGGUUCGGUAAGACACCGGGCGAACAGCAGCAAUCUUCCAUCCGGGAACCGAGCAGUCCCGGACCGAUCCAUCCCAGUGUACUGCUGCCCUACCCGCAACACAUGCUUCAUCCGGCCCAUCCUGCCCUGCUCCACCCGGCCUACCAUACCGGUCUGCACCACUACUACCCCGCACCGCAGCAUCAACCGAUCGUGCCACAGCCCCAAAGACCUCUGGAGCGAAGGGACAGCCUGUUCCGGCCGUACGACAUCAGCAAAAGUCCACGGCUUUGCAGCAGCAAUGGAAGCAGCUCGGCCACUCCGCUACCGAUGCAUCCUUACCACACGGACAGUGACUCCACGCAGGACUCUACCUCCGCCCCGAGUCCCGCCACGUACGGUGACAUUGCAUCACCCUCGUCCGCAUCCUCCGCCAUCACCACCCCGGCCACUACCAGCAGCCCAACGGGCAGCGUGUAUGACUUUAGUCGCAAAACGAGCGCCCUCGACCAUCGGGCAGCACUGCUCAGUGGGUUCAGUGCGGCCGCCAGCUAUCCCAAGCUGCACGAAGAGAUCAUCAACAGCCAUCGGAAGUUCCAGGCGAAGCUGAUCGAGUCGCAAACGAAGGCGGCAUUGGCAGCGGCCGCUACGGCUGCUGCUGCCGCGGCCGUCUCCCAUCCGUCUCACAUUCCACCGCUGGGGAGUCUCUGCAAAACGGUGUCCCAGAUCGGUCAGCAUGUGGCCGGUACGGCUAGCCUUAAUGGGGCGAGUGCAAACGGAAUUCCUAAUGGCAAUUCGGCCACUUCCACCAAAGCUACCCCAAAACCAAUUCCCAAGCCACUGAGCACGGAGGUGAACGGUGCGACCACGGGAUCAUCCUCGCAGGAUACCGGCAUGGAGUCGUCGGACGAUGCAAAGUCGGAAACGAGCAGCACUAAAGAUGGCGAGAACGGCAGCAAUUUGUGGCCGGCCUGGGUGUACUGUACGCGGUACAGCGACCGUCCAAGUUCUGGUCCACGGUACAGGCGCACGAAGCAACCGAAGGAGAAGGGUGAAAGUGAGGAGAAACGCCCGCGGACAGCAUUUUCCAAUGCGCAACUGCAAAGACUGAAGAAUGAGUUCAACGAAAAUCGCUAUCUGACGGAAAAGCGGCGGCAAACGCUGAGCGCCGAGCUGGGGCUGAACGAGGCACAGAUCAAAAUCUGGUUCCAGAACAAGCGGGCCAAGAUCAAGAAGAGCUCGUCGGAGAAGAACCCGCUCGCCCUGCAGCUGAUGGCCCAAGGUCUGUACAAUCACUCGACCGUGCCGCUCACGAAGGAGGAGGAAGAGCUCGAGAUGCGCAUGAACGGGCAGAUCCCGUAA